CUCAGAGACUACUUCUACAUUAAUCUUGCACGUUCGCGCGUUGUGGCUAGUCUGAUUACACCUUCUACAGCGCCUUUGGGUUGGCUCACCCUCUUGAGCGCGCAUCCGCUUCUUUGGCUUCUUCCCAUCACCACGCGCCCCAAACUCCUUUAGAGCUGCUAGUCGCUGCCUAUCUCCAACUAUUAGGGUCCCUUCCUUCUAAACCUGCUUUCUUUUGUGUGAUUUUUGUUGCGUGGCAGCCUCAUUAGCUGCUUAAAGCUUGCUAAUUUCCUGUUAGGCCAAAACUAGCUUAUAGGAUAAAAUUGCUCCCCCCUUUGCGUAGUGCUUAAGCGCGCUUAGAACAGAGUCUAGGUAACGUGCUUCACAAGCGAGCGGCGCACCCAAGCGAGCGGCGCACUUUCUCCAGCGCAGCGCACGCACCGCGACGUAGUGCAACACCAUCACAAAUUCCUAUAAUAUACGUAACGUACCUCACGGGCGAGUGGCCGGCCCGGGCGAGUGUCCGGAUUUUGCCAAGACCACACCAAACUUCAUACAACCCGCGAUGUCUCAACGCAAAAAGGCUCAAAGCGUCUCAAAGGAACCA